AUGGCCUGGUGGCGCGCGAGGGUGGUCGCGCCCGUGCACCGCGCCUGGCUCGCCGUCGCCGCCGCGCGCGCGCGCGUCCGCAAGGGCGAGUGUGGCAUCCUGAGCCUUCACCAGGACGUGCAGACCUGCGGGUACCAGGACGUGCAGGUGAUGUGGAACAUGCUGAGCUCGGAGAAGGAGGCCGUUGCCGCCGCUAGCGGCGACGCGCUGCCAAAGCCGCCGCGGAAGCGGCCGUUCUGGACCCUGCCGUUCUGGCCCGUCCGGUCGCCCCGCGCCACCGCCACCGCGCGGUGA